GAUGUCUUUAGCAGCCCUUUCUGUGAAUUCUUGAUGGUGGUGCACGUUUCGGUUGGAUGAUAUUUCGCGAUUCGGUAUAUGCUUUCGUUAUUUGAUGAUAUAAAAGAAGUUAUUAUAAUAUCCGGUAUCGAAGUUAGAAUGUUCGUUCGUGCCGUAUAAGCUGUUACGAAGGUUUAAACGAAUGUUUUGUUCGAAUAUUUUGUCGAAGAAAUCGUUCGCGAUUGAAUAUAGUAAGCACUGGUCACCGAGCGAACCAACUUUUCAUAUUUUUCGAACGAUUUGACUGAUUUUUGGGAUCCAGUCACCGAAAACUUCCAUCAUUCCGUCAAUAACCGAGUGCCGACCCGCUGGGUGGCGAUCUUUCGAUAAGGGUUCUCUCUGCGAUAGGCUGGUAAGCCAGUCUACCGUUGGGCGUAUAACAACCAGCGGCAAUUGGAAGUUGGCCCUGAACGCAGAGCCCCCGUGGCUUUGCUAGCACCCCCACAGUGAUUUUGUCUUAACCCGCCUCCUCACGACUCUACCAAUUCUUAUUGACAGCUGCCUCUUUGCUGCCUAGCCCCUGCAGAGUAACGUUUAAGUCUUUGAACAAAAAAUAACAAUAAAUAAAGCAUUCAAUAUGAAGGUAUCAAAGUCCGAUGAACGUAUCCAUGUGUUGGACCAUGACUCUAAUGUCAUGACGGUCAUCAAAGAUAUUGCCAUGAGCGGAUUACAAGAAGAACCCUUCUAUGUACUUGACAUUGGUGAUAUUGUGAGAAAACAUCAAAUUUGGAAAGAGAAAAUGCCACGUGUCGAUCCAUAUUAUGCUGUCAAGUGUAACGAUCUUUUAAUCGUUAUCGAAGUCCUGGCUGCCCUUGGAAUUGGAUUUGACUGCGCUUCUAAAAAUGAAAUUAAUAAGGUGUUAAGCAUCGGAGUUGAUCCAUCUAGAAUUAUAUUUGCUAAUCCAGCUAAACCUGCUUCCCACAUUCGUCAUGCUGCUGCUGUGGGAGUAGAUACAAUGACAGUAGAUAACGAAAGUGAAUUGCAUAAAAUUAAACGAUUCUUCCCAACGGCCAAGGUUGUUAUUCGAAUUCGGUGCGACGCAGAUGUAGCUCAAUGCCAACUUGGUAUGAAGUUUGGCUGCGAUCCGACCCAUGAAGCUCCUAAUCUUUUACAGCUUGCAAGAAUAUUAAACUUGGAUGUAAUUGGUAUAAGCUUUCACGUUGGAUCAGGAUGUCAAGAUCCUCCUGUUUAUCAUCGAGCUAUUCAUCAUGCAAGAUUAUUAUUUGAUCUGGCAUCUGAUAUUGGAUUUAAUAUGUAUCUGUUAGAUAUCGGUGGUGGUUAUCCAGGAGAUAAAGGAACUAGCAUUGACAAGAUUGCCGAUACUGUCAAUAAAGCUCUCGAAGAAUAUUUUAACACCGAUGCUGUACACGUAAUUGCUGAACCUGGUAGAUUCUACGUAGCAUCUGCAUUUACUCUUGCCACAAGUAUUCACAGCAAGCGCCCGGUACAUGGUGAUAAAAAUUUUCCAAAUAUGAUCACGGAAAAUAUGUAUUAUAUCAAUGAUGGCGUUUAUGGCUCUUUCAAUUGUUUAUUAUAUGAUCAUCAACGCGUAACACCUCUUCCCCUCAAGAAUGGUUGCGGAAAAUUGAUUCCCUCAAGUAUUUGGGGACCAACCUGUGACGGUUUAGACAAAGUCGUUGAAAAUAUUCUACUCCAUGAAAUGGAUAUUAAUGAUUGGAUUAUUUUUGAAAAUAUGGGUGCAUAUACUUUACCUGUUGCUUCGCCUUUUAACGGAUUCCCAAUACCAAAAGUUCAUGUUGUCUCUGAUAAAAACAUAUGGCACUUACUGAAAGACGCUUUACCUUUAACCGAAGAUCAUUUUGUGAUUGGUAACACGCCAGCUAACUUACGACUUGGCCUUGAUAUCAAGGAAUUAAUAUUGAUGCAUGGCAUAGCCAUGGCAUAGUCCGACAACUAUUUCAUUGGCCUCUACAAACUUUUUAACAGAAGAUACAAGCAACAUCAUCAUCAUCAUCAUCAUCAUCACGAAACAUCUAUGACAAUGCUAGAGUCAAUUCACUUAAUGAUUAUCCAGAAAAACAACUUUAUACGGUAAACAAACGAACUCGCCAGCUUAUUAUCAUAAAAACUAAAACUAAUAAUCAUAUAAUAUUAAUUAUAUAAUCGCAUUUUUUCUAUUCUUAAUUACAGACAAAGUUUAUCAGUGAAUUUUUAUUACAAACAAAUUUCACUGGUUGCUCUAUUUUAUUUCAUGUCAUUUGCUUUUUCUUUGAGAUAAUAUUUUUCCAAUUUUUUUUUCUUUUUCUAACAAAACAUGCUAAAACGUCCAUAAUU